UGGCUGACGUUUCGUGUUUUGUCAUUUGUCAAUGCAAUACGAUUUUGUUCCACAACUGCAUUUCGAUUUGCUUACUGUAAUUUUUACUGUUCUUUUCCAAUAAUUUCUUUCAUUUUUGUAAUAAUAAAUUAACACAAAAUGGAUCAAAUUGCUAAGUUUGUCGAGCCAGGCAAGCAGUUCGCCAAGGAUUCCAUAAGAUUAGUCAGGAGAUGCACUAAGCCAGACAGAAAAGAAUUCCAGAAGAUCGCCAUCGCAACAGCUAUCGGUUUCUGCAUCAUGGGAUUCAUUGGCUUCUUCGUAAAACUGAUACAUAUUCCGAUCAACAACAUCAUUGUUGGAUCAUAGAUGUAAUUGUAGUUUAGCAAUAAUAGUUAAUAUAAGGCCCACACUCUAAGUUAAAUAUUCUCAUACACAUUGUUACUUCUCUAAUAAAAUAAAUUAUUUUUCAUUUCAGAAGUA